UGGUCAAAGCGAGUUUACCUCGAGGACCUCACCCAACACAUCAAGCGAAUCUGGUUUAUUUUUUCGAUAUCUUUUUAUAUGGAUUAAGACGAGUGAUAAAGAUUAUAAAAGUGAUUUAGGCUUUGAGCCACUUGAAGGGAAGCUUCUGUCCUCCACUUGUUUGUUUAUUUGACUGGUGGGCAGACUGAGAACAGAACAGUGCGCGUCUUUGUGUACCAGCAGAACUGAAGUUAACCUGCCACAUGGGACUCCAACAAGCAUAUUUCACAUUUGGAAAGUACUUUUUGCGUAUGCUCCAGUCUCGGUACUCUUAAGUUUGAGUUUUACCCCUCAAAGAAUUUUAUUUUUUAUAGUUUUUUCUACAUUGGUUCUUUUUAUAUAUAAAACUAAGCGACUGAGUUAAUCCUUAGUCCUCUCUUAACGUCCAACUUCAUUUUACGGAUAUUAAUGCUUCACGCCGCCGCAGAAGCGUGAGAGAAUUCAGUCAUUCUUGGUAAUAAGGCGGACCAAAAUGAUUAGCCUUCCCACACUGCCAGUUCUAAUGUUGCUUGCCCUGAGGUUCCAUACAGUGCAGCCAGGCAAAUGCCCAAAGUUCUGCAUCUGUGACAACAUCCAGCUCACAGUUGCGUGCGUUAACAAGAAUCUUACUGAGGUGCCAACUACCAUUGAUGAGAUAACAGUGAAACUGGACCUGAGAGGAAAUGACAUGCAGGAGCUACCUUCUGGGGCAUUCUCACACACACCUUACCUCACCCACCUGUCCCUACAGAACAGCAACAUCCGAAAAGUGCGGGAAGGAGCCUUCCGCAAACUUGGCCGUCUGGUCUUACUCAACCUGGCCAACAACAACAUUGAGAUUCUCUACCAGGAGUCAUUUGAUGGCCUUUCGUCCCUGAAGCAGCUACUUAUUGACCGGAAUAGGGUGGAGGAGAUCCAGCCUGGAGCUUUUUCACAGCUUGGCUUUCUCAACCUACUCUCCCUCACACACAACCAGUUGGUGUACAUACCUAACUUGGCAUUCCAGGGUUUGCAGAACAUCAAAUGGUUACGCCUCAGUCACAAUUCCAUCAAUUAUCUGGCAACAGAGGCUUUUGCUAGCCUCUUUACUCUUACCCGCUUGAGCCUGGACAAUAAUGAACUGCAGUUUUUUCCCACUGAGACAAUGACACGACUUCCAGAAGUAACUCGCUUAGAAUUAAGCUAUAACCCCAUGACCUACCUUGGAGAGGAUUCUGUAUCCAUGCCCAAGCUCACUCAUCUGUUUCUGGAUCACAACUCCCUGCAGGAUUUUUCAAAUGCAGCUAUCCUGCUCUCACCUCGUCUUGCCCAUCUGGACCUUAGCCAUAACCAGCUGCGUGUCCUUCAGCCAAUGGCCCCUGGCUCUCCCAAGUUAUCUCGCCUCAAUCUGGCAGGCAACCCCAUCUACUGCAGUUGCUACAUGCGGCCUCUGCGUGAGUGGGCGAUAUGGGAGCGCAUCCGCCUGGGCGGCAUGUGUGGAGGUCCGCCACAUCUGUCUGGUGAGGAUUUAGAGGCAGUACAGCCAGUUGAUUUGCGCUGUCAGAGCCAGGAGGCCAUGUUGAAGGCUGAGCUGGAGGAGCUGAGAAAACUACCCACAUUGCUCACAACCCCAUCCCCAGAUAAAGUAAAAUGCCCAGCCAACUGUGAAUGUAAGGCUGAGAACCACCACUCAACUUGUGAAAACAAAGGCCACUCCAAAAUCCCUCGUGGUUUUUCACCAAAUACACGCUUGCUGGACUUGCGAGGCAACCAUUUCCACUACAUCCCUGCGAAUAGUUUCCCUGGUGUUGCAGAAGUGCUUUCCCUUCAUUUGCAGCGUUGCAAGAUCCAUGAGGUAGAGAACGGGGCUUUCAAUGGUAUGAAGAGUCUGGUUUACCUCUACCUCUCAGAAAAUGAUCUCACCUCAUUGAGUCCUGAGGUAUUUAAGGGGUUGCCCAAACUCACUUAUCUCCACCUGGAGAAGAAUCGAUUCACCCAGUUCCCUAAAGGAGCAUUCAAGCUGUUGACUGGUUUGCUGGCUCUACACAUGGAGAACAAUGCUAUCACGAAGCUGGAAGCAGGGCUUCUGACAGGUUCCGAGAAACUUAGGGGACUCUAUCUCACUUCAAAUGCCAUCACAACCAUUUCCCCCAGGGCCUUUGAUCCUGCACCUGACUUGGAUACUCUAGAUCUAGGCAGCAAUAAACUAAAGGAGGUGCCAAGUGAGGCCCUUUCUAAAGCCAACAGCCUGGCAGAGCUUAAUCUCUCCCGUAAUCCUAUUCGCUGGAUUGGAGCAGAGUUAUUUCAGCCAAUUGCUACCACACUUAAACAUCUUUACCUUGAUCAUAUGGGCUUAGAAAAGAUGUCCAAGGAUUCCCUAGCUGGACUGGGGUCUGGUCUGCGGAGUCUGUUUCUUGAAGGGAACCAGCUCGAGGAACUGCCCGACUUGAAUCCACUCACAGGCCUUGAGGUUAUAAACUUGGCAGAAAAUCCCCUGUUCUGUGAUUGCCCAUUGUUGCCACUUCGUAGGUGGAUUGAGAAGGUGAAUCUGAAGGUCAGAGCUACCUGUGGCCACCCACCAGAACUCAGAGGUCAAAGGGUCAAAAAUAUCCAUGUCUUUAAGAGCUGCCCAGGGGAAAAUCCUCCUACUCAGGACCCUAAAAUCUUCAAACCAACCAGGACCACAAAACCCGAAUCUGCUUUAAUCAGUCCUCCAAAAGUCAUUAAAAUAGUUAAAGCCAAAGACAAACCACGCAAAAUUGCAAAACCUCACACAGUACAGAAAACUUCCACCAAGAAAAGCAAGUCUGUGUGAACCUAAUAUUAC